CCUACGGUGUAGACGGCAAAAAUCUCGUAUCCACCGCCUCAUUGUAGUGUGACGGACUCAGACUCAGACUGAGAGUUGGGUCUAUUCCUGCCCCCAGCCUCUACACUUUGGGGCCGAACCCCCCACUUUGAAAGACUUGAGUGAGGCGGCUCCUGUGAGGGCAGCUGCCAACACUGCAGGGCUGGUUUUUUGUGACAAUGAAACUCGCUUGAGUGUCCACAGAGAAACUGAGACAUUUUAAGCGGGAAACGUGACAGGCCAGCAGAAGUGCGGCUCUGCACCUUGGCUGCAAAGGGGGAAAACAGUGGGGCAUGCCAUUUUACAUGAGGGGUGACUCUCCCUAAAACCAAGAGUUCACCACGCCGAAUUUGAAAGACCGUGUGAAUGGCCAUUCUGAAAUGAGCUAGCUUGCUGCAAACUGUCAGGAGCAGCAGGGCUGCCCAGCCAAAGAGGGCCACAGCCCUCUGGUCCAUUGGUGACCUCCAGUAAGUGGUAGUGUUUGCCCACAAAGAAUGCAUAGGUCAGAUUCACAGCGAUGUUUUGCUUUUGUUUUUGAAGAGAUGCUGAGCGGUUGUUUUCUUUCAGGUGGAGGGCAUCAGAUUGUUUUUUAAACCUAUGGGCCCAACAGGAACAGGCAACACUGGGUGGGUGAAGACCAAUGAUUCUGGUAUUCUCAGUUUUUCAGUUGUGGCAUCAAAAAAGUGUUUGUCUGAAGACAACUUUGACCACAUUUUAUCAGAGCCGUGGUGGUCUAUCAGUUCAGGUAUCAGGCUACUAAGUCAAAAAUGAACAACUUGCCAUGGGAUGGACUUUCUAUUGACAAAUGUGAAACAACAUUGCACCAGACUAGAUUUCCCAUAAUGCUCAGUUCUGCACGGUGAACAUUGUGCCUCUCAAGCAGGCAGCUGUUGACAGAUGUGAGGGUGGAUUUGAGGAGAAGCCCACUCCUCUGUCCAUGUCUUUUGAAAAGCUACCAUGACUGGAUUAUGAGACUGACCUUUGAGGACCAGGGCAGACAUCAGAUUAAUGUGUGCUUCUCAGGUUGAAGGUCAUCUGCAUAUAACUUAAUUCUUGAGCACAAGUGAGAGGAUUGAAGAGGUAGUGUGAAGGAUAUACAGUUGUGAGAAAAAAAUGACAAGUCGUCGUAUCACGCCACCAUGUGAUAGGCGGCAGUUUCCAUGGGGCAUGAGUAACAUGGGCUUGCCUACCAAUGAACCACGACCAAUGCGACUGUCAUUUCUUGAAGCUGAUCUGCGGCUUCAAUCGAUGUGCGGAGGUUCGAUGCAGCAGCCUGUUCGACGCAGCGGCCCUCGGUCCAGGUUGCUGCCAGCCCCUCCGCAGGCUCCGCUCCCGCUGCCUUUGCCGCCGCAGCCGCCCGCCGACGUCGUGGGGCCCCCGGCAGCCAUUUUGAGCGCAGAUCGACCCAGGCCGAAAGACGGGCUGACUUCUGGAAGACAGCCCUUACUCACAAUGUAUAGACCAAAAGUAAGCCUGAAAGACAGGCAACAACUUUACAGACUCAUUAUUAGUCAGUUGCUUUAUGAUGGAUAUAUCAACAUUGCUAACGGUCUGAUAAAUGAGGUAAAACCACAGUCUGUAUGUGCACCCUCCGAACAACUAUUGCAUCUUAUUAAAGUGGGAAUGGAAAAUGACGAUAGUGCAGUUCAGUAUGCAAUUGGGCGCUCUGAUACAGUAGCUCCUGGCACAGGGAUUGACUUGGAAUUUGAUGCAGAUGUGCAGACCAUGUCCCCAGAAGCUUCUGAAUAUGAGACCUGUUAUGUCACAUCGCACAAAGGACCAUGUCGUGUAGCUACAUACAGCAGAGAUGGACAGUUAAUAGCUACAGGAUCAGCUGAUGCUUCAAUCAAAAUACUUGAUACAGAGAGAAUGUUAGCAAAGAGUGCUAUGCCAAUUGAGGUCAUGAUGAAUGAAACAGCUCAGCAGAACAUGGAGAACCACCCUGUUAUUAGAACUCUCUAUGAUCACGUGGAUGAGGUGACAUGUUUAGCUUUCCAUCCAACAGAACAAAUCCUUGCCUCUGGUUCAAGGGAUUACACACUUAAAUUGUUUGACUACUCAAAACCAUCUGCCAAAAGAGCCUUCAAAUAUAUCCAGGAAGCAGAAAUGCUGCGUUCUAUCUCUUUCCAUCCUUCUGGAGACUUCAUUCUUGUCGGUACCCAGCAUCCUACCCUGCGACUGUAUGAUGUCAAUACUUUCCAGUGCUUUGUAUCUUGCAAUCCUCAAGAUCAGCACACUGAUGCCAUAUGCUCAGUUAAUUACAAUGCAAGUGCUAACAUGUAUGUAACGGGCAGCAAAGACGGAUGCAUCAAAUUGUGGGAUGGCGUUUCAAAUCGUUGUAUCACUACUUUUGAAAAAGCGCACGAUGGGGCUGAAGUCUGUUCUGCCAUUUUCUCCAAGAAUUCAAAGUAUAUUCUGUCUAGUGGAAAAGACUCUGUAGCUAAACUGUGGGAGAUCUCUACAGGGAGAACACUAGUCAAAUAUACAGGAAUCUGGACGUUAGAAAGAAAGAACUCUCUUUCUUGGGGUGAGUCAGACCUGUGUAACUAUGAAUAGUAUUUAACCAGUCCUGCCAUAAUUAGAUUAAUUUCCAUUUCUACCCUCCCCCAGUACAACAAAAUAAAUUUGAAACUAAAAAUAAUUAAAAAGUGCCCUGCUCAUGCUUAACCCUGGCAAUGAGAGCUCAUCUAAACAAAUUUACUGUGAAAUAUUUGACUCUUCCAGGCAUUCAUUAAGGGCAGUCCCACAUAGAGCGCAUCACAGUAGUCUAGCCUCAAGGUUAUGAAUACGUGACAGUUGCUAGGUCUUGAUCUGAUAAAAACAGAAACACCUCAAAACUCAACCUACCUUUCCCAGUUUUCAGGUAAAAAUCUUCAAGCUCACAAGGCCGGCCUCAAACACUUGAUAUCCAGGUAUGCCUGGAGCUGUAGAGCAAAUACUCUCAGUAACCUUUCCAAAAGGAAAGGUUAGAAGUGUAUCAAAGCUAGGUCCAACGUACUCCCGCCCACCGUUUAAAUAGGAACAAAACAAUGGCAGACACUGCCCUAUCUAAAUGGAAGAAAAAUACUGCCCAGCAAGGAAACCCAGCUUCUCCCAGUUUUGUUGGACAAGUCAUAAGGCCCUUACAUCCCUGAAGAUUCUUAUGUUUGUGUAUUAGAUACUCAGUCUUCAAAACAGACACCUCUUGAAGUAGAGGCAGCCCAUGUUCCCUCAUCACCAGAAAUAGUUUUGAAUGAUACUGUGUAGGUAUUAUGGCAAGCGGGGAGGAAUUACUUGCCACAGGUUUUAGCAGAUCUUCUGUAGCAAGAUCUGUCAGCUUUGUUGCAAGUAAAAUACCAUCUAACACUCUUAAUCAUCUUGCACUUCACUUCAUCUCCUUUCAGCCCUAUGUAAAGUUGUGACUUGUGCCAACGAAGUAGUGAAGAUGACCCUUGGAAGCAACUGUUUUAGAGGUUGACAUCCACCUCCUGUUCCAUUAGUUAGCAAGGUCAUCAACAGAGCAGAGUAUUCUGGAAUCCAGUCAACUCUGAAACUACAGAGCCAGGCUAAACUGACUCAUUGCUCCACUAGCAAUUUUGCUUAGAGUUGUCUUGAGAAGCAUAUCCAUUCUAACUAAUUUUCACAUUAUGGUCUUUAGAAAUGAAUAUUCACAACCACAAUUUUCUGCUGAUGCCAGCCUUCAAAUUCCUGUCUAGCUUGGAUUGUUGCUGUGGAAGUAGUGUUUCCCUUAACCUCUAGGAUGCUUCUACACUAGGCCUUGAGUGUGUAGUUUAUAUGCUUCAUUUACUUUCCUGCAGUGGGCAUUCACUCAGUCAUCCAAAGCAGUUAUUUUCCCUGCAGUUUUUGCAUCUUUUCUCAGACCACAAAGACCAGAAGAGCAGUACAAUCUCUGCAAAGAGGUUUACUUUCAUGCCAUUCUUCCAUCUUUUUAUUUAAAAGCUAGGGGUUUAUGUGGGCUGUGACUUACUGGAAAGCGAACCAAUAGCAAUUCAGCACACAUCGGCUUUAAUGAUGGGUACCAUUUUAUGAUCUCAUUUGUUUUUCUUGAGGGGGUGGUAAUUUUAUCUUGUUAAUUAGUACAAAACUCCUUUCCAGCUAGUUCUUUUAAAUGAAAAAAGCAUGACACCGUAAUGGUAAGGUUUUUUUUAUGAGGUUU